GGACAGUGUGUCUUUGAUGUGUCUGUCGGCCUAUGGCGUACAGCGUCAUUCGUCGGCCUUGUUGAUGUAAUGAUGCAGAAAGCAAUCAGCGGACUUGCCGACGUUCCCUUUCCGUCCAUCCAUCCAUCCAUCCAUUCUCACUCAAUCUCUCCUGAACACCCUAUCGCGAUAGCCAUGGCGACACAACCAUCUCUCUCUCUCUGUAUGUGUGUGGGUUUGUGCGUACGUAUGCAUGUGUCACGCCUUAUGGCAAAAGAGAGCAAAGCCCUUCGACACACGGAAGACGACCAAGCGCGGUUCAGACAGACAGAGAUGCAGAGAGGCAGCCAAGCGACUUAAAAGCUGUUCAUGCGACGUAUAGGUAGACUGAGGGCCCCCCAGCCAGCCAGCCAGCCAGGUAGGUAGGUAGGUAGGUAGGCUAGAAGAAGCAUGAUGGACCUCGGCACGCCCGAAACUGGCCCUGCAGUGCGCGCACACACAGCCAAGAGAGAUAGGACACACGCCAUCACCUGAGCAUGUGUCUCCUCCCUCAUUGAAAGAGGCCUUCAUUGAGGGUGUCAAUGUCUCCCUCUCCCUUUGGUGCACACGUACGUGAGAGAAGAAUCGACUGCGGCCCAGGUUGACGAUGCCACCCGUAUCUCCAAAACCGCUAUUGCCGUAUAGUCGCUUGGUAUUGAAGUUGAUGUUGCGACCUGGCGAGACACAACGACACGGCGACACACGUGAGUGAUUGAGUGCCCGCCUGCCCGGCUGCUCAUCCAUCAAUCCAUUCGCUCACCCGAUCCCCGUGGGCCAAGGUUGUAUUGAGCUCCCACGAUGCUGGAUCGGGCCUGCAGGAACCGGCCGCUGACGUCCGUGUUCACCGAAUCUUCCCCCAGAUCGGCUCCCUCCGGUGGGCGUUGGGUCACCUCCACCACUGCACAAUAGCCGUCGGGCAGCGUGUCUUCGGCUGUGCAGCCCGCCUUGGCUGCCUGGAUGAAGAGGAAUGCGCUGUCGGCGUCGACGAUCAUAUAGUCUCCGCCGAGAAAGGACAGCUGGAUGGCGUUGGACUCCGUGUUGCGCGUGACCAUCUCCACCUUGUACAUGCGCUCCAACAGCCCGCCAUCGUUGGCCGGCAGGUUAUCCAGGUAGACCGCAUCGAACUGAGUGGAUGGAUGGAUGGAUGGAUGGAUGGAGGCACAGCCAGCCCUCACCCACUCCUCCUAUGUGUCAUGCGGUCAGCUUACGAGUUCAAUCUCGGUGAGUGGUUUGUCGACCAGGUCAAAGGGGGUUACCACAUCCACCUUCUGACGCACCUCUGCACACACACAGACAGCCAUCCACACCCAUUCCUCCAUCCAACCCCCUCCCCCCACUUACGGACGACAUAGUCCCCUGUCGGCGUGAGCAGCGCUCCGUGCUCCUCUGUCUUGGGGGCGUGUGCGGGGGAUGCCACGUAGGGCAGGACAAACGGCACCAGCGCCAGUGUCAUGACGUAGAGGACCACCAGGACCACGAUGAACACCUUGAGGACGGCAUUGCUGUUCGCGGCUGCCUUUGGUGAGGGGGAUGCCCUGGCGGGGGAGGAUGGGUCAGAUGUCGACGCCGCACCGGCACCCGCCUUCGACACGUCCGUCAUCAUGGUUUGGGACGAAGUAGGGACGG